AUGUCUCGCACCGUCUACGUGGGACGGUUGCCCCGAGCCGAUGUUGAGGAUCACUUCAAGGGCCUCGGUCGCAUCAAGGAAGUCCGCCUCAUGUCCAACUUCGGUUUUGUCGAGUUCGAGAGCCCCGAUCACAGUGUAUGUAUAUCUAACGUCAGUGUCAUCGAGUAUCCGUCGAUGGCGGAUGCCGAAGAUGCCAUCCGUCGCUUGGAUGGAACCGAGAUCCACGGAGUGCCUGUUAAACUUGAGAUUCAGGUGAGUUCCGCUUACGUUCGACCUGACACCCCUCAGGAAGGCGGAGGUCGCGAAUCUUGGGACAGGCCUCCCCCCCGCGACUACGGUCGUCGCUACGAUGGGCGCGAUUCAUACCGUCCCCGCGAACGCUCCCGUGAGCGUCCUCGUUACGAUCGCCGCGACAGCCGACGCGAUGAGCGCUACGAGCCCCGCUAUGACGACAGGCGUCCUCGCGAUGAUCGCUACGACGACCGCAAUCGCGAGCGUUCGCCCCGUAGAGACCGUGACUCGCCUCGCCGUCGCGAUUCGCCUCGUCUUGACCGCGAUUCGCCCCCCCGCGACCGCGAUGGUUCUCCUCCUCAGUAA